GCCGCCGCCGCCAUGACAGAGGGGACAGGCGCAAAUCUGCCCAGAGCAAGCUCGGCGACGACCAUAUUCCGCGGUCCUUUCUUGUCCCCUGCAUCCAGACCGUCUAGCGUAUGGACUCCCCCCGUGCCCCCCUUCAGCGUCUCGGGAUCCCGCAACGGCUCAUCUACCGCAUUGCCUCUUCCCACCCAGAAGAAGACCAUCCCCAGCACCAGGUUGCGCGAGAAACUCACCCCACAGGACAAACCAUGGCUCGCUCAGAAGAAAUCCACCCUCGAACGGGCUAGCAAAUGGGUCACAUUCGGCGGCAUCUUUCUUGGCCUCGCCAUCGCUCAAAUCAACUCUGCCUCGUUUUCGACGACGAGUUCGACGGCGGAAGCCUGGACACCAACACCCGGCAGCAACGGCGAGUUCGAAAUGACCACCGAUUCGGCCAACAACAUCUACAUUUCCAAUGGACAACUGUACAUCAUGCCCACACUCACGAGCGAUACUAUCAGCGGUGGAUAUGAUGCCGUUAUGAAUGGAGCCACAUACACUCUCGACGGGUGCACUGCGUCGAGCGGGACUGCCGACAUCGGCGCGUGGGUCGAGCCGUCGGCACCUUCCAUCGCGGACUUCAUUCUCCAAAAAAGGCAACAGGCAACAGGUGGCGGCGGCAACGGGACCACAACAGGCAAUGGGACCACGACAGGCAACGGCACCACCACCGGCAAUUCGACCACUACGGGGGGCGGCACGGGCAACUCCACCUCGUCAGGGAACAGUACGACGUCAGGUAACUCUACCACAACUAGCAAUAGUACAUCCUCCAGCGGUCCAUCCUCAAACCCAUGCACCGCCGUCUCCUCUGCAUCCGCCGGGACAGUCAUCAACCCAGUCAUGAGUGGACGCAUCAACACACGUGGAAAGAAGACCAUCAAGUAUGGAAAAGUCGAGAUCAAGGCCAAGUUACCCCAAGGAGAUUGGUUGUGGCCUGCUCUCUGGAUGUUACCAGCGGGGAACUCGUCCACCAACGGGUCAGUGGCACAGGGAGCUGGCGUUUAUGGUGACUGGCCCGUCAGUGGUGAAAUUGACCUCAUGGAAGCGCGAGGGAACUCGCCGAGCUAUCCCGCUCAGGGAUCCAACUAUGUCAGAUCCACAUUGAACUAUGGUCCUUUCGCGUCGGGUUCAACACCUAUCGCUACGACCACGGGCAGUACAACGGCCAACCUUAUGAACAGCAUCUACGGAUGGAUAUCUAGCAAACGCAGCUCCUACGCCGACUCCUUCCACGUCUAUGCAAUGGAAUGGACCGGAUCGUGGAUGCGUUUCUACACCGAUAACAGGUUGCAAGCCAUGGUCGAUAUCAGUUCCAUAACUUCGAAGAACACGGAUUCAUACUUCUGGAAUGUGGCAAACUUCCCUAGCGUAGCUAUGAAUAUGUCUUCGGGCAAGUAUAUCGUUGUGGAGGAUCCGUGGUCAACUGCAUAUGGAGCCAGCGCAGCUGCGCCAUUCGAUCAGGAGUUCUACCUCGUAAUCGACCUCGCAGCUGGAGGGACGAGCGGGUGGUUCCCCGACAAUGUUGGUAAUAAGCCAUGGUUAGACGGAUCUGCGACGGCAAUGCGCGAUUUCGCUGCAGCGCAGAGCACGUGGAGCGCAACGUGGCCUUCCAGUGCGGAUGACAGGGCAUUUAGAAUCGAUUACGUGAAAAUGUGGCAAUUGUGCUGAGUACCUCCUGUUGGCGUGUGUGUUGUGUGUGCGUUGUAAUUCGCUCUGCCGCUAUGUGUCAUUUGCAAGUGCAGCCUUUGUCACUCUUUUUGUGUUGAAAUUGUUGUUCUCCUUGCCAUUCAACUAGAUACACCUAACAUUUUACCCAGUACAUAUUGUCAUCACCAUCACCAUACCUCCUUGCAUCUGGACAGACUGGACUAGACAAUUAUGACAUUAUAACUUUGGAUGAGUUUCUCUUGACGUCCCCUUCUGAUACGACCUUACCCAAAUCACCUUACCGUUAUUGUUGCUGACAACAAGUUAGGAGUUCAAAUGUUCGCACUGGAUACACGAUACAGUGCACUGAUGAUAAUGAUAUAAGUAAAUAUAUUGAACAGAUG